AUGAAAUACAGAGCUUUAAUCAGCACACUAUUGUUCUUCGAAAACAUGUCCAUUGCUUUCUCUCAAGUACAGUAUACACUUCCUCCGCUGGGGGAAGCAGACAUUAUAGCUUCGACCUCAUCUUCGCGGACUCCUCAAGGAAUUUUCCACUACAGUGAUAACGAUAACAACUUCCAAUCUAAUUUCAAACUCCCAGAUUUCGAAAGGCUGGAUCCUAUUCGAAUGGCGAGUGAACUGCUGAGCGCAGCUGCUACAGCCGAGAGCAACCGAAAGACUUUGUCCGGUAUAAAUUUGCCACUUCCUUUCGCUGGAAAGCCUCUCAAACUAGAGCUGACAGGAGAGUCGCAAAGUGGUCUUUCCCUUCGGAGUCGAGAGGGCGAGCGUAAAGAUUCAAACAAAGACCUGACUCCUGAAGCUAGGGAUGCUUUCGCGAAGGCAAAGCAGAUCUGCCUUCACUCUUCAGCGGCUUCGUGCGAUGAGGCGCUUGACACACUUCAUCGUAUCAAAUAUGGCACAUCGUUGAUGUCUCCUCCACCUUCGCGCCAUCUACUUGACGACGAUCCUACAACUUCUUUUGCCAAACUAUUAGUGCCCUCGCUAGAAGAACGAUUAGAAGCGUUAGAAAAGGACGUCGAGACCACCACCACAAGUUCAGAUUCGUCAAUAGAACAAGCAGAAGAUGAUGAAGCUGAUCAUAAUAAGAGUUAUGAGGGCGAACGCCGCCAUCAUCCAUUCGAUAGUAUUCCGCAUCGUAUGUACAGAACUAGAUCGACAGCACGAAAAAUUCAGGAUUUCCUUCAUAGAAUUACAUAG